CCAUUGCUGAUUCCUCAGAGAUCUUUGCCAUAACUUGCUAAUAUGUUUGUGUGUGAGUGGACAGGAGGGUGAGCGAGCAUCCUCACUGCCUCGUGUAAUUAGUUAAAUUUUUAUUCAGAGAUUAAAGAAACUGACGAAUCCUUCCUCAGGAGGACAGAUGUUCAAUGAACUGAGCUGCGUUUGUCUCCGUCUUCUUGUUGGUCUCCUGCAGUCGUGGUUCGUGAAGUUCAUCCACCAGAUGACGCUGUUUCCUCACUAACCUUCCUGAUCAUUGGUUGGUUGGCUGACACACGCACACACACACACACACACACACCUGCUCUCAUCACUGAGGACCGGAUCAUCUCUGCAGGCGGAUUUCUGAUGAUGCCUCAGUGAAACACAGACGGACACUGUGAGAGCCUCCUCUGUAAACCUCUGCAUCUGGAAGGAGGAGAAGAAGAAGAAGAGGAGCUACAGUGAUGGAGAAGAAGCGAGCGUCUCCUCGUCAGUAUGGUUCACUGGAGCGCACCGAGCAGACCCAAGACCUCCACAGAGCAGAGGACGACGUGGUGUCCAUGGCGGACUCCACCAUCACUGUGGACAACAUCGAAGGGGAGCUUUUUAAGAUCGAGAGGAUCAGAGACGUCCUGGUCAGGAGGGAGUCGGAGCUCCGAUACAUGAUGGAUGACAUUCAGCUGUGUAAGGAGAUCACUCGUCUGAAGAAGGAGCUGCACAAACUUGUGUCUGUACCGGAUAACGACAAGUCCAACGAGGACCGGCAGAAAGAAGAAGAACUUCUGCAGCAGAUCCACAAGCUGGUCGAGACCCGAGACUUCUUGGUGGACGACGUGGAGUUUGAACGACUCAGGGAGAAUGAAGAGGACAAAGAAAUGGCAGAUUUUUUGAUGUCCAAAUUCCAGAGAAACACGAAGAGGACGGGUGUGCCGAUCAGACGGACGCCGUCACGGGCUCAGCCGACGUCUUCUCCCUUCACCAAGACGGGCCUCACGCUGCUGAAGGAGUGCUGUGGCUUCACAUGCUCCAUCAUGUAGCCUGGAGCCAGAAUGCUGCAGUGGUGGUGGUGGCCCAGCUUCCAGGGCUGACACCAACCAAACCGGACCUACAGGAGGCGACAGCUUCUCAGUCCGAGACAGAUGUUGAAGGACGGACGGAGAAGUUUGUUUUCUCAUUUCAUCUCUGCUUCAUCACACUUCCUGUUUUCAUUUCUGAAGAAUCGAGCCGACAUGCUGCGUCUGUUUCUCCGGACACACUGAUUGGAUCGACACGCCUACAGGUUUGAUAUCUGCAGACUGAGCUGUGAUGAGUGUCAGCGGGCUCCUCGCGCUGCUGGAAAUCUGUAAUCAGCGUUAAUGAGACGACUCUAAUGAAAGUGACAUUAAUCAGGAGCUCUGUCACGAUGAGCAGAUCCAAACUGAUCCGACCUUUGGAGAAGUCUCAUCACACUCGUUUACCUUUAGGACAGGUGAUUACCUGAGGACACUUCCUCUGUGUAUUCCAGGUGUAGCUUCAGCAGGCGGUGUUGAUAUGGACUGACUGUAAAUGACGAUCGACGUUCUUCUUCUUCCCCGAACUGCAACCCAAAUAUAAAUACUCACUCUCUGCUUUUCUCUUCUUAGCUUCCUCCGUCAGCGUCCUCUUCACUCUCUUCUCCUCUGCCAUCAUGUCCAUAGAAGCUAACAAACUCAGCUAACAUUGGUUAUUAGUUGUAGUUAUCGCUCGCGAAACAUUAUGAGUGAAACCAUCCGGGUCCUCGCAGCAGGCUGACUUCAGACUGAACACACUGGAGCAGGGUCGGACUGGGACUGUGGCCCACCAUUGGACCGAUGAACCCGCCCCCUAAACACACGCACUCAAACAUUCUCCCACCCUCCCAUAUGGUGUUUAGCUCCAUGUGUGAAGGCGCAGGUUCGAGUCCCAACCUGUGCGGCCCUUUCCCGCAUCUUAACUCAGAUUUUCUCUGCUCCUCCUUUCCUCUUUUUAGAACCUCUGUCGUCCAUAAUUUAUUGUAAUUAA